CUUGGUGGGCUUGGUGAGGAGAGAUGCGCCGGUGACUCCGUGGACGUGGAACCGAGUUUGUGGCUGUGUCAACAAAGAUUUCUGUGGCAUGACAAGAUUUGCGUUCGACAUCUUAUGACAACGUCCAGUUUGUGAUGCGGGUCAACUUUGCCUCUUCUGACGACACUGCUGAGGGUCUCGACGUUUCUCCAGAGAUCACUCUUGCUGAAAGGGGUUCAUGGGAAUCUGGCUACAUCUAGGAACCGCAGCAACUCGCCGUCAUCGUACCUCCAGUCUUCUACGCAGCAUUGCUUAUUCCUUGGCGAUAUUUUUGUAGGUCAAUUGCAUUGAUCUGGAUCAAGAACUCUAACGCUGAGGAGCCGAUGCUGAGUGCCGUCCCGUACCCAUGCAAGAGCUGAGCACAUGUCGAAAAUCCCAAGGUGGUAUGCGAAUGAACACAAGAUUUGACCGAAUUCGAGGAUUAGAAUACCACGCCCACUGAGGACGCAGGCUUCUAAGCUCUGAAUUUCCGAUUCAUUUCCAAGCAGAAAUGACGAAAGAUGGCGCAAAGGGGGUGUCACUCCCCGGAAAUGCCAUCUUGCUCGGUACUCUGGGCACCGUGGUCAUCUUCGUGUGCUUAUUCGCGAUGGACGUUGAAACCGUAAUUGGCUGGGCGAAAUAUUCCUCGCAGAAAGCAGUUGCGGACAUCUCGAGCAUAAGAAACAACCAACCUGAAAAGUCUUCUUCAGAAUCAGCUUCAGUUCGCCGUGACGCACUGGUGAAUAUAACUCAUGACCCCACAUGUCUUGCAAGGACACAACAUCUUCUCUACCGGAGGGAUCCCGAACGAUUCCAGCCACUGCCAGAGUUCGACAAAGCAUGGGAUCGCUACGUCGCCAUGCACCAGUCAUGCACGCAGGGUAAGAAUUGGACGCAGGUAUUCCUGCACGAGCGGAACAUGACAGUCGACUGCAACUAUAUGAUUGUCAUGGAGGGCAGCGGCGGGUUGGGGAACAAGCUGCUGUCGCUCACUUCUGCAUUCGCUUACGCACUAGCAACAGACCGCAUCGUGUUGGUGGAGAGCAGAAAACACUUCAAGGACCUGUUGUGCGACCCAUUUCCGGGAUCCUCCUGGUACUUGCCAGAAGGUUUUCCGUAUGAUAAUGUUUGGGGGAACGCAACGAGAAUGAACGUGGCAAUCUCUAAGAAUUUCACCGACGUCGACAAUUUUGUUCGUCUCAGCCUCGACCACAUCCAGACAUGGGCUGAUGGCCAGUUCUUCUGCGACCACACACACAACGGCCUCGCGAAGGUGCGGUGGCUGGCAUGGACCAGCAACCAGUACUUCAUCACGCGUCUUUUGAUGAUUCCUCGUGUCUGGGAGCGUCUGAACCCCUUGGCUAAACCCGGGCAGAUUUUCACCAUUCUCAGUCAUAAGCUUCUGCUUCCCAACAACAAGCUUUGGGCGCACGUUGUCCGUCUGUACUUCGCAUACCUUGCAGGAUCUUCUCGACGAGUUGGGGUGCAGGUUCGCCUUCAUGGGCGACCCAACCUUGCUGAAUUCGACCCCGUUGUAUAUGACCGAAUCCUGGACUGCCUUCAAACCAAUCGGGCACUGCCAAAGCUACGAGAGGAAGAGGACGUAUCAGAUCUAAUGUCGUUUGCCCGCAACGGAUACGAGGGUUCAACGGAGAUCUCGGUAUUAGUUACGUCCCUGCAGCUUCGUUACUACGACGAAAUGAAGGAUUUAUAUGUAAACAGACCAAAUGUGAACGGCACCGUGAUUCGCUUCCACAUGGUUUCUCACUUGGAUCGUCAGGACGGGUCCAUGCACCAAUCCGAGACUGCGUUCGUCGAAAUGUGGCUGCUGAGUUUCAGCGACGUGCUUUUAAUCAGCCGUUACUCAACAUUUGGGUACAUCCCUCAGGGGAUUGGCGGGAUCAUCCCGUCUCACCUCAACACACAAACAGUCCCACCGGGUCAGGAAAAUAAUGCCUCAUCAUGCCACCCAGGUAUAUCUACCCAGCCUUGCACCCAUUUCCCCCAGAAACCCAGAUGUGAUCCUGGCUCCACCGGAAACGAAUCGCACAGAGAGUGGAUGCGGUGCCACGUCCGAGAAUGCGUAGAUCAUGAAGGUGGGCUGCAACUAGUCCAGGAAUCAGAGCAACCUAAUGAAAGCGCAAGACUCUGGGGCGACGUUCUACAGAGUUAGGAUUCGGCGAUCCUCGACCUAAGAUCAUGGCCAGCUUUUGCCAACCCCAGGUUCUGAUCCAAUAUUUCGAAGGAUCAGUAGCCUCCAAUCUAGUUGUUCAGAAACAGCACAUGGGUACGCGGCCUACAGUCCGCAUCGACAUGAUACUGCAUCCCUUGGUUUCAAACCGGAGACGACGUCCAUGGAAGUGCCCGGGGAUGGUGUUACUGAAAUAGGAAUUCAUGCAUUGGUGAUGGAGUUGUAGCUUGUGCGAUCGGCAAGGUGAAGGGCAUGAGUGAUGCACAAAUUAAGUUUGGUGUUUUUGAUUUUCAACGCCCCUUCUUUAUUUC